AUGGCCAGAGUUUUCAAGCGUGAAAGAUUCAACAGCUAUCAACCAGAAAGACAACCAGUACCAGGAUGUGACACGUCGGAAGUCACCCUGACCUUGACCUACUCAGGUGUCAUGAUUCGGCGACGUCGCAAGACGGCGCUGCUGCUCAUGGGCGCUCUGCUGCUGGUGAUGGAACUGUCACGGCGGCGGCUUCUACCAGCAGCACUCCUGCCCAGGAAAGAAGCAGGAAUUGUUAGGAAAUAUGGGUUGCAAGCAGAGGGCCUGGCUGGCGAUGUCAUGUACAAUGUGUUGCGGAGACAGGCGUUAGGCAACAAUUAUCUCAGCGAUGAGCUGGCUGGUGACGGCAACAUCUACCCCAACUCGAGUAGAAAGGCUUCUACAAACCAUCGUUUCAUACAAAUAAUGCCUGAUGGUGCCAUCAACAAUACAUCACAAACACUGGGACCACACAACGAUAGUUUGAAUACAAGAUCGACUAACAGCAGUACGAACAGUACCUUGAGUAGACAGGCUUCUACAAACGAGCGUAUCAGCAUGGUGAUACCAGGUGGAACCACCAACACUACCGUGAGAAGAUAUGUACCACCACAAAAUAAAAGUAUGAAUGCAAGACUGGCCAAUAUUGGGGAUACGACCUUCAAUAGACAGGCUCCUGCAAACGAGAGUCACAGUAUGAUAAUACCAAGUGUGGCCGCCAACAGUAAUGUAAGAUUAAGAAGAACACAGGCACCACAAAAUGAUAAUCUAAAUGCAAGACAACACAAUGGGGAUACGAAUGGUACCUUGACUAGACAGGCUCCUGCAAACGACCGUCUAAGCGAACAUCCUGACGAAGGCGAGAAGAACAGUAAUCUAAAGAAACAAGCACCAACAAGCAAUACACUCGCGGAUGGCAUCAACAACAAUACUCUGAGUAGGCGGGUAUCAGUCAAUGAAAGCCUUACCAAAGGGAUACCUAUUGACGAAAGUUUGAGGAAACGAGACCCAUCGAAAGUCAAUCUUACUGAUGAAGGACUUAGUGGUGUUGCCAUUGACGAUACCCUGAGAAGACAGCCACUUGCAAACGAUGUUCUCGCAAAAGGGUCAACUAAUGAUGCUGUGAACAACAGAUGGAAAUCAGCAAAUGAUAAUCUCUUCAAAGGGUCAAAUGAUGGUACCAAUGACAAGGCCUUUAUUAGACGGGCGGCAACAAACGAUGGUGUUAAAAUCACCUCUGGAGAAAGACAAGAACGCAGUAAAUUAGGCAUCACAUCUAACACGUGCAGCAAGAAAACAAACCUGGUUUUCCUGAAGACCCACAAGACCGCCAGUUCUACUGUGCAAAACAUCAUCAUGCGGUUUGGCAGUGCUAGAAACCUCACCUUUGCGCUACCAUCGGACAGGACGAGUAAUCUAGGGUUUCCGGGACUGUUUCAGAAGUCCUAUGUGCUCCAAGAGCACAUCAGGAAGAGAAACACCUCCUACAAUAUCCUCUGUCAUCACACACGCUUUAACUACAACAACAUCCGGGACCUGAUGCCAGACGACACUGUGUACAUCACCAUUGUCAGGAACCCCGUGGACAUGUAUGAGUCGAUAUUCUAUUACAUGCAGUUUGACAAAGAGUUCAAGGUCAACAGCAGUAACCCUUUGAAUACCUUUCUCGACAAGCCGUUUUACUAUGUGAGUAGACUGAAGAAAAAACCUAGUAACGGGCUCUAUCGCAAUCCCAUGUUCUAUGACUUGGGGUAUCUAAGAACAGAAUCCGUCUCAGAAAAGACAAUAAGAUCCGACAUUUAUUUACUCCAAAAAAUCUUUUCCGUCGUCAUGGUAGCGGACUAUUUCGAAGAGUCUUUGAUAUGGAUGAAGCACACGCUGUGCUGGGACAUAGAUGACGUCACGUUCUUCAAACUGAACGCCCGACGAGAAGGCUCCAUACGUCACGUGACUGCAGAUAUGGCGGGGAAAAUCCGCCGGUGGAACAAGGCUGACGUCAUGCUGUUCGAUCACUUCAACAGAACUUUGUGGUCUAAGCUUUCCCGACUCCCCUUCGACUGGAGAAAAGAGGUGGCGAUUUUGAAGGAAAGAAAUCGGCGACUGCAAAAGGACUGUAUACAGUCUGACCGUGUUUGGAACACACACAUAGAGGACAAGCGCUUUGAAGUGUGGCAGCCACCAGGUAUCACUAUCAAAGGAUUUCGGCUGAAAGAAAGUGCCCGGAUGAACGAUACUUGUGUAAACAUGGCGAAGUCGGAAUUACCGUUUACAUCUGAGCUGCAAGACAAGGCAGCCCCGACAUUUUGGCAACGGCAAUCUCGACGACGGAAUUUCCCUUCGAUAUCUCAUCUGCAUAAUAGGUUAGCGCAUAAACCUAGUUAUAAUAAUAAUUCCAAGUAUCGCGACCUAAUUGCCAUGGCCAAAAGAAACGUACCUCCCAUAUUUGAGACGCGUGACAAACAAAACCAAAAUCUUAAUCCUAACCGAAAUUUCAUGGCGGAAAAGAAAUCACCUUCCAUAGUCGGGAUACAUGGCGAAGAAAAUAAGAAACCUAAUGUUAUAUAUCCCAACCAAAAUGCCAUGGCCAAAAGAAACUUACCUCCCAUACCUGACGUGAAUGCCAAAAAAAAACAAAAUCAUAAUCCUGAAAAGAAAUUGCCUCCCAUAUUUCAGACGCAUGACAAGGAAAAGCAAAACAUUAAUCCUAAGUAUUCCCACCAAAAUGCCAUUGUGGAAAAGAAAUUACCUUCAAUACAUAACAUGCAUGACAAGGAAAACUAUCGACUUCAUCCCAAGAAUUCCAAUCAGAAUUUCAUGGCGGAAAAGAAAUUACCUCACAUGUUUGAUAUACAUAAGGAGGAAAAACAAAAGCCUAACUAUAUAAACUCUAACCUAACUGUCAUGGUAAACAAUAAAUUACCUGUAAUUUUUAACAUACAUGGCGAGGAAAAACAAAUACCCGAUUCCAAACUUUUCAACCAAAGUUUAAACAGAGUUGAAUCGUCGGAAGAUCACAAGAAGGGAUGGAACGGUGGUUAAAAGCCAGACUCUAAGAUAUAUGUAUUUGUGAUUUUGAAGAUACCGGUACCGUCGUUAACAUAAAGACAAGAAUGCUCUUUCAAUUGACAUGUAAAACUUUAAUGUACAUACAGCGACAAGCUUGAAUAUAAGGUUUAAAGCUAUUUGACUCGCAAAAUUAGAAGUAUCAUAAUUACAAAUUCAAAGUUCCUUUUGAAAUUACACACAGUGCUUGCUGGUCUUGCAGUACAACCGAACCUGGUAUUAUUGUUGGACCAUAUGCAUAAUAGCGACCUGUAAGAUACACUUUGUUAGUACUUCUCUAGAUACUUGAUAUCAUACAUAGGAAUACAAAGUAAUGUGCUAAGUACAAUCGUAUUAUACUGAAUUAAUUUAUCAUUUGCUCAGUGACUUUAAAACCGGCAACCCUGUGUUUUUAAUUUUGGAGGCGCCAGGCGCCAAAUCUCUGCACGUAAAA